CUAACCGCGCAUGCGCAUACGCAGCUUUUCCGGGAACGACAUGAAAUAUCAGCAGACUGGUCUGCAGUACGGGCGUCGAUAGAACACACCAAACCAAUGAUUCCCAUAUGUCCAGUUGUCUCCUUCACCUAUGUGCCCGGCCGGCUCGGUGAAGAGGCCAAGAUGGCUACCGGCAACUACUUUGGAUUUACCCACGGUGCUGCUGCCCAGUACAGUCAGCAGCCAGCAGCUGGGGUAGCGUACACUCACCCCACCACAGUGGCCAGUUACACCGUGCAUCAGGCCCCGGUGGCGGCUCACACCGUGGCUGCGGCCUACGCUCCCACAGCGGCCACUGUAGCGGUGGCAAGGCCCGCGCCUGUUGCUGUGGCAGCUGCUGCUACUGCUGCUGCUUAUGGAGGAUACCAGCCGACGCACGCCGCCACCGACUACGGCUACGCUCAGCGGCAGCCUGAAGUCCCUCCACCGCCUCCACCGGUCACCUCACAGAACUACCAGGACACGUACUCGUAUGUCCGCUCCACAGCUCCUGCUGUGGCGUACGACAGUAAACAGUACUACCAGCAGCCCGUCGCCACAGCUGCUGUCGCUGCUGCACCGCAACCCAGUGUGGCAGAGUCCUACUACCAGCCAGCCCCUAAACCAGGCUACAGUCAGGGUGUCACAUCAUACACACAAAGCCAGCAGUCUCGACAGGUGACGGUGAUAAAGCCAGCUGCUCCCAGCCCGGCCUCCUCCACCUUCUCCAUCUACCCGGUGACCUCCACGGUCCAGCCUGUGGCGGCUGCUGCGUCUGUGGUCCCGUCUUACUCCCAGAGCCCCACAUACAGCACCAACGCGGUCACAUACUCGGGAACGUCGUACUCGGGCUACGAGGCAGCAGUUUACUCUGCGGCCUCCAGCUACUACCAGCAGCAGCAGCAGCAGAAACAGGCGGUGGCCGCUGUAGCAGCGACAGCGGCGUGGACCGGGAACACGUUCACAAAGAAACCCCCCUUCCAGAGUAAACAGCUCCGACCCAAACAGCCACCCAAACCCCCUCAGAUCCACUACUGUGACGUCUGCAAGAUCAGCUGUGCCGGCCCUCAGACUUAUAAGGAACAUCUGGAGGGUCAGAAGCACAAGAAGAAGGAGGCGGCUCUUAAAGUUUCUCAGAGCAGCACCAGCAGCGGGAGCAGUGGAGGAGUUCUGGCUCGAAAUGCUCAGAAUCAGCUCCGCUGUGAACUCUGUGACGUGUCCUGCACCGGUGCUGACGCCUACGCUGCACAUAUCCGAGGAGCCAAACACCAGAAGGUGGUGAAGCUUCACACCAAACUUGGAAAGCCCAUCCCCUCCACUGAGCCCAGCAUGGUCACUCAGACGUCGUCCUCCACCACAGCCGCCCCCAGUAAGACCACCACGGCUCCCCUGAACAGUUCCAGCACCUCCAGCUCUCUGUGUGGCUCCGCCUCCUCCGCCUCCAACUCGAACGCCCCCUGCUUGAAACCCGUCAACAUCGUCAGCAGUGGGGUGGGAGGAGUCAAGAACCCGUUAGCCAGCGGCUUGUCUGCUGCGAGCUCCGCCUCUGCUGGGAAGAAAAUCAGCACACCCAAGAUCAACUUUGUUGGAGGAAAUAAGCUACAGACCACAGUGAAGAUGGACGAGAGCAGAGCGGAGGCCAAAGUAGAGUCUUCUAAACCUGCGGUGCCCUCUUCAGGUCUCCAGGACUCAAAGUCUGAUACCUCAGAUUCUCUCUCCACGUCGGCCCUCGCUGCUCUGCAGAGCGACGUCCAACCUGUUGGUCACGACUACGUUGAAGAGGUCCGAAAUGAUGAAGGCAAAGUAAUCCGCUUCCACUGCAAGCUGUGUGAAUGUAGUUUCAACGACCCCAAUGCAAAGGAAAUGCACCUGAAGGGGAGAAGACAUCGCCUACAGUACAAAAAAAAAGUGAACCCAGAUCUGCAGGUGGAGGUCAAACCGAGCAUCCGAGCGAGGAAGAUUCAGGAAGAGAAGAUGAGAAAGCAGAUGCAGAAAGAGGAGUACUGGAGAAGAAGAGAGGAGGAGGAGCGCUGGAGGAUGGAGAUGCGGCGUUAUGAGGAGGACAUGUACUGGAGGCGUAUGGAGGAGGAGCACCACUGGGACGAUCGCCGCCGCCCAGAUGGAGGGUAUCCUCAGGGCCCUCCUGGUCUACUGGGAGUCCGGCCUGGCAUGCCUGGUCUGCAGCCUCAGGGUCCUGUGCCUCCACGUCGACCCGAUUCCUCCGAUGACCGAUACGUCAUGACCAAACAUGCUGCGAUCUAUCCCUCUGAAGACGAGCUCCAGUCCAUCCAGAAGAUCGUGUCCAUCACGGAACGAGCCCUCAAACUGGUCUCAGACAUAAUCACAGACCAGGACAAGGGGGGCAAAGAGGAGGACAAAGAGAAGAAGGAGCCUGCUAAAGACAAAUCUGAAAUGGCUCUGAAGGGGGUGAUGAGGGUCGGAGUCCUGGCCAAAGGUUUGCUGCUUCGUGGGGACAAGAAUGUAAACCUGGUGCUGCUGUGCUCUGAGAAACCCACCAAGAGCCUCCUGACCCGCAUCGUGGAGCACCUCCCCAAACAGCUAACAGUCGUAACACCAGAUAAAUAUGAGGUGAAGGGUUCCACCCAGGAGGCGGCCAUCAUUCUAACUUCCCCCACCGAGCCAAAGAUGCAAGUGACGAUCACGCUGACCUCGCCCAUCAUCAGAGAGGAGACCGGCCGGGACGGAGAUGUAACCUCGGGUAUGGUGAAAGACCCAGCGGACGUCUUGGACAGGCAAAAAUGCCUUGACGCUCUGGCUGCUCUGCGCCACGCUAAGUGGUUCCAGGCUAGAGCCAACGGACUUCAAUCCUGUGUGAUCAUCAUCCGCAUCCUGAGAGACCUCUGUCAGAGAGUCCCCACCUGGUCUCCCUUCCCAGGAUGGGCCAUGGAGCUGCUGGUAGAGAAGGCCAUCAGUAGUGCAUCUGCCCCCCUCAGCCCGGGUGACGCACUCAGACGGGUCUUUGAAUGUAUUUCAUCUGGAAUUUUACUCCCUGGUGGACCGGGGUUGAUGGAUCCCUGUGAAAAGAAGCCGGUGGAUACUCUGAUACCCAUGAGAGAGCAGCAGAGAGAGGACAUUACCUCAAGUGCCCAGUUUGCCCUGAGGCUGCUGGCGUUCCGUCAGAUCCAUAAAGUCCUGGGCAUGGACCCCCUGCCGCAGACCAACCCCCGCUUCAACGUCCGCAACAGCCGCAAGCGCCGCCGUGACAACAGCGACGGGACGGACAGCUUCGAGGGCGAGGGCAAAAAAGACAAGAAGGAUUAUGACAGUUUCUAAGCUCGUGUUCACUAAAUUAAAUUAAUCUGAGUCUAAAAAAAUACUAACAUGUUGUAAACACUGUCUCUGUGUGCUGGCUGAGCUCCAGUGAUGCUGUUUCUUUCUCCUCCUUUUUAAGCUCCAGAUGAACCACAGACAUGCCAGCUUGUGUUCUGUUUUAGUUUUAGACUCCUCAAGGCUGGGCUCCACUCCGACCUGACGUGUUGCUCACCGCUGCUGCUCCUCCUUUGAUUUUAAGUUGUUUUUAGAGGAAGACGGACCUCACAGGAUCAAAAACAGCAUCGUGGAACAGUAAAGAUUAAUGUUGAUGCCUUCGUUCAUCUGUAGAGCUGCAUCCCGAAGUGGACCGUGUUGUUUUUUCUUUUAUUAUGAAUAAUGUGCUUCAUGCAACGUGACGUGUGACGCUGUGGUCUUGUUCUGUAUCAACGCUAGGCUCCACUAAAGAUAAAAGACCUCUGAGGCAUCACACAAACAUUCAGAAGAAUUUUAACUGUGGUUAGACUUUUGUUUAGUAGUGAGGCUGUCGGCCUGCGUGUAGCUUCGUCUUUGUUUUCAUAUGAGUAUUUGUAUAAUCUUAGUAACAGACGCGUUGGUUUGCCCUGUUCUCCACGUAACGUCAUGGCUUUCCUGGUUAGCGAGGAAUUUUAUCGGCCUGCUUGCCCGUUCACUUGGUUAAGUGCUAGAUUAAGUUUAAUACUGGAAAAAAGAUCAAUAUCAUGAGGGGUGGUGAGGUACAGACGGGGAUCAAUUAAAGGGGAAACCAGCAGGUGACGCCACAGUGAGGGUUCAGAUUUGAUGUUUCAGUCACUAAAUAUCGACUGAACCUAAACCUCUCACAGACCGUCAGAUUCAGAGUCCUGUUCCUCGACUGUCAGACUAUCACGUGCACGAGGGCUCUGAUGCAGAUAAUUCAUCAUCACAUGAGCGUUUAUCUGAGCUCACCUAUCUGCAGACUCUCCUGUGGGACCUGAAGCCUGGUGUCCCUGCACCACUCCACCAAAUGUAAACCCAAGUUAGCAUCCACCAGUUCAUGGAAAAACUGGAGCUCCUCUUAUCACGUUGGGGUCCAGGUGUCAGGUUUCUCCUUUAAUUCGUGGCCGGUCUGUAUCUGCCUUUUCGUUGUGGGUCCUGUUGUGAAUGCUUGCUGUGCCCUGCUUUCUGCUUUCAAUAUUCCAGUAGAAGCAGAAUAAAAACAUUUCCACAUUUAAGAA